UGUUCACACACUUCUCUGAUUGUUUUUCACUCUAUCUUCAGGUCUCUGAUUCUUCAGGCCGAGAGUAAGAAGGAAUAUGAGGAGUGGAUUUGCACCCUGAACAACAUUUCCAGACAGAUUUAUCUAACCGACAAUCCUGAGGCUGUGGCGAUCAGGCUGCACCAGACGGCUCUUCAGGCUGUGACGCCCAUCACCAGCUUCGAGAAGAGAGCUGAAGGUUCUCCUAACCCUGACCGAGCGAAACCAGGUGGUGUGACCCCUAGAGAUCCUCAGAAACCCCCUGCGACCCUCGAGCCCGAUGAUCUGAUCGCCCCGGGAACGCCGAUCCAGUUCGACAUCGUCCUGCCCGCGUCUGAGUUCCUGGACCAGAACCGAGCCGGAGCAAGACGCACAAACCCCUUCGGUGAGACGGAGGACGAUGACAGCGCUUCAGACACACACGAUUCCCUCCUGCAGCAGGUGUUUGCUGUGCGCUUCUUGGGAUCGAUGGCCGUUCGGGCCGGUCACACACAGGAAGUGAUCUAUGAAGCCAUGAGGCAGGUUCUCGCCGCUCGCGCAAUUCACAACAUCUUUAAAACCACCGAAUCCCAUCUGAUGGUCAGCAGUUCCUGCAUUCGAUUGAUCGAUCCACAGACACAAGUCACUAAAAUCAGUUUCCAGCUGAAGGACGUGUCUCAGUUUGCGGCCCAUCAGGAGAACAGCAGGCUGAUGGGGUUCGUUCUGGAGGGGAGCGACUGGAGCAACGGAGGCGAGCAUGAACCCUCCUUCAGCGUAUUCGUGUUUGAGAGUAACACUGAAGGAGAGAAGAUUUGUUACACGAUAAACCUCGGGAAAGAGAUCUCAGAGGCAAAGAAGGACCCUGAAGCGCUGGCCCAGCUGAUGAAGUCAAUGCCCCUGACAAACGACGGGAAGUUUCUUCUGCUGGAGAGCGAGAUGGGAGAAGCAGCGGAAGCUUCCGGACAGGAUGACCAGGAGUCAGAGGCUUGAUCUGACACACACACACACACACACACACUUCCAUUGCCUGCUGCUCUUCUCCUGUCCUCCUCUCUCUCUCCAGGCAGACUACAUGAAGGAAAGCAACAGGUGGUCGAGGGUCGCCACUCGUUUGUUUAACACUUACUCAGUUUUAGAUGCUCACUAUAGAAAAGAUGAAAGUUAAAGGUGUCAGUUUUGUUUUAACCUUUCAGUUCGAAAACAUCAGACACGGGUUUACAUGUUAAAGGAAUAACUCACCCAAAAAUAAAAAUUCUCAUCAUUUUCUCAGCAAAUAAUAGAUUCAAACUUGAUUUGCUCCUCAUGCCAAUAGUAUUGCAUGACUCUGAAUAUAGUGCAUGAGUACUAUGAACCAAUUUUAUUAUGGAAAUGGUACCUAAUAGAGUUAAACCGCUUCAGUUUCACGGUAUGGAAAAGAGCAACUCAAGAGUUUUCUUUUUUGGGUGUACUGUCCCUUUAACAAAGUGUCCCGUCUUUUAGCGAUUCUCUUUGCAUUUUGAUUUUCAUUGUAUUAUUACAGUUCAAAUUGUUUCAUGAUGUCAGAUGUAGUUUCAGCUACAAGCAGAUUUUUAAACACCUUAGUAAUUCAAUCAUAAUACAGGAGAUUUUCUUAUUUUUCACACUACAUUGUCAGCAAACUGAACAAUGAAACCUUGAGCCUUUGUUUGCACUUUCUUGGUUCCUGUUCAGCUCAUCAUAAUUUACAUUCCAUACAACUACCAUUCCACUUUUAUUGUGAUGCGGUUUAUAAUUAAGUCUCGCAAAUCUGGAAUGAAUCUGAAUUUGCACUCUGCGUCUCAAAUCUCAGCGGCUUGAACGUUUCAGAUGGGGUUUAGAAAUAUGGAUUCAUGCAUGCUAAUAUUACUUCGAAUGAAUAAUGGCGAGGAAUACAAAGGUGAAGGCAGCACUUAUACACACUUAAACAUUAGAUUUAAGGUAAGGAUUUUGAGGGGAUUUUUAAGGAUUUUGCUAGAUGGCCAAUAUUACGAGUUAACCAUCAGUAUUGCGUAGAAGUAUGCAAAUUGGGAUUCAGCAGAAUGCAAAACAAAUUUGCACUUUUUUUCCCUCUAUAUUUUUGGUUAAUGUGCAAUUUAGGCGCUUUUUAAACACUUUAAUUUAAAACACUAACUUCCUGUGGUCUGUUUACAUGUAAUACCUUUUAUAAUACUUCAAAUGAAUAGGAAAUUCAGACAAAUCCUUUAGAUAUAUUUUAACAUUCAUUCUGUGGAAAAAUUAAUCUCAGGGUGAGUCUGGUAACAAAACGAAAUAGUUUAGUUGUUUUCUCCCUCAGUAUUUCCUGUGCGAUUGGUUUGGUCUGUGCAGGUGGAGCCACUGCGCUUCAUUAGGUACAUCCUCAUUUAUCUGUGAUCGUUUGUUUGUACUGAAGGAAACGUGUUGAAUGAAGUUGAACUGUUUACAUUUAUCACUCAUCCUGAAGUGUUCCUCGAACUUUAAAUAUGCCUCAGUAACAAUCUGACGUUUAACCUGCGAUGAGCUUGAGCAUGAAAAUAAAAUCAUUCAUCAACAUGAUGUGCAGCAGUUAUUGGACUGUCAGAUUCUGCUCAUGUAUCAUCUUUUUAGAAUGUAAAACUCUUUAAUAAAGCUUUGUGACCAUU